GGAUGGUGGUGUCCUGCUGUUACUCAGUUUGUCCGAGGGGGUUACGAAGUAAAUUCUGUGAUAAAUGUUCAUCUGACUGGAGGUGAAAGAGAUGGAACGGUUCUUGGGCUUUGUCAGGCAGAUAAGGAGGUCGAGAAGAAGAAAAGGCAAGAAGUACCGACCAGAGGAGGAUUACCAUGAGGGCUAUGAGGAUGUUUAUUACUAUGCUUCAGAGCAUUUUCAAAAUGAGAGUCCUUAUACUAAAUCUGCAAACCAAGCCAAACCACCUGAUGGAGCAUUGGCUGUGAGAAGACAGAGCAUCCCAGAGGAAUUCAAGGGCUCAACAAUAGUUGAAUUAAUGAAAAAAGAAGGCACCACCCUGGGGCUUACAGUAUCGGGCGGAAUUGACAAGGAUGGGAAACCAAGGGUAUCUAACCUUCGUCAAGGAGGAAUUGCUGCUAGAAGUGACCAGCUGGAUGUAGGGGACUACAUCAGAUCUGUGAAUGGAAUCAACCUGACCAAGUUUCGCCAUGAUGAGAUCAUCAGCCUGCUCAAGAACGUUGGCGAGAGGGUUGUUUUAGAAGUGGAAUAUGAGCUCCCUCCAGUCUCUUUACAAGGAUCAGGUGUCAUCUUUAGAACUGUGGAAGUUACAUUACAUAAAGAAGGGAACACUUUUGGGUUCGUAAUAAGAGGUGGAGCACAUGAUGACAGAAAUAAAUCUCGUCCUGUUGUAAUAACAUGUGUCAGACCUGGAGGGCCUGCUGACAGAGAGGGUACAAUCAAACCUGGUGACAGGUUGCUUAGUGUUGAUGGAAUUCGACUCCUUGGAACGUCACAUGCGGAAGCCAUGAGUAUUCUGAAACAGUGUGGACAGGAGGCAACUCUGCUGAUAGAAUAUGAUGUCUCAGUAAUGGAUUCAGUAGCAACAGCAUCUGGACCAUUGCUAGUUGAAGUUGCCAAAACUCCUGGCACUGCUCUUGGGGUUGCAUUAACUACCUCGAUGUGCUGCAACAAACAGGUCAUUGUCAUUGACAAAAUCAAAUCUGCAAGUAUCGCAGACAGAUGUGGUGCAUUGCAUGUAGGAGACCAUAUUCUGUCCAUCGAUGGCACCAGCAUGGAGUACUGUACAUUAGCAGAAGCAACACAGUUCUUGGCUAAUGCAACAGAUAAUGUCAAACUUGAGAUUCUUCCUCACCAUCAGACUCGACUGGCACUAAAAGGGCCAGAACACGUGAAGGUUCAAAGGAGCAACAGGCAACUUGCGUGGGAUUCCUGUGCCAGCAACCACAGCAGCCUCCUCACCUAUCACCAUUAUAACACCUACCACCCUGACCAUUGCAGGAUGCCAGCCUUGAAAUGCCAGAAAACUCCUCCUCAAAAAGGCCUUCCAGCUUUGGUGUCUUCAUCCUUCUCUCCUACCUCCAUGAGCGCAUACAGCCUGAGUUCCCUGAACAUGGGGACCCUACCUCGCAGCCUCUACUCCACCAGCCCACGCGGAACAAUGAUGAGGCGGAGAAUGAAAAAAAAGGACUUCAAAAGCUCGUUGUCUUUAGCCUCUAGCACUGUUGGUCUGGCUGGGCAGGUUGUCCACACAGAAACCACAGAAGUAGUGCUGACAGCUGACCCCAUUGUAGGGUUUGGGAUACAGCUCCAGGGUAGCGUGUUUGCCACUGAGACGUUGUCUUCUCCACCUCUGAUUUCAUAUAUUGAGUCUGACAGCCCUGCAGAAAGGUGUGGGGUUCUACAAAUAGGAGACAGAGUAAUGGCUAUAAAUGGAGUCCCAACAGAAGACAGCACAUUUGAAGAAGCUAAUCAGCUUCUGAGAGACUCUUCCAUCACUAACAAGGCCACUUUGGAAAUUGAGUUUGAUGUUGCAGAAUCCGUUAUACCAAGCAGUGGGACCUUUCAUGUAAAACUACCAAAGAAGCAUAACGUGGAGCUUGGCAUCACCAUAAGUUCUCCAUCCAGUAGAAAACCAGGUGACCCUCUCGUUAUUUCUGAUAUCAAGAAAGGAAGUGUUGCUCACAGAACUGGAACACUAGAGCUUGGUGAUAAACUGCUUGCCAUAGACAAUAUUCGACUGGAUAACUGCUCCAUGGAAGAUGCUGUUCAGAUCCUUCAACACUGUGAAGACCUUGUAAAGCUAAAGAUCCGCAAAGAUGAAGAUAACUCUGAAACCAAUUGCAUCCCUUUGGCCUUUAUUGUAGAUGAACAAGAGAGUUCUGGAGCAAUUAUUUACACUGUGGAGCUCAAGCGCUAUGGUGGACCUCUUGGAAUCACAAUUUCUGGUACUGAAGAGCCCUUUGACCCAAUUAUCAUCUCCAGUCUUACUAAAGGUGGACUUGCUGAAAGGACUGGUGCAAUUCACAUAGGAGACCGCAUCCUAGCAAUAAAUAGUAGUAGUCUGAAAGGAAAACCUCUGAGUGAAGCCAUACAUUUGUUACAGAUGGCAGGAGAAACUGUAACCUUGAAAAUCAAAAAGCAGACAGAUGCGGCAAGUCCCAAGAAGUUUCCUGGCUCUGGUCACAUAAGUGAGAUGAGUGAUGUAGAAGAUGAGACCUCUGCUGCACAGAAAACUGGCAAACUCUCUGACAUAUACUCCACUACGGUCCCAAGUGUGGAUAGUGCAGUGGAAUCGUGGGAUGGCUCUGGUAUUGACACCAGCUAUGGGAGUCAAGGACCCAGUUAUCAGGCAUCGGGAUACAACUUCAAUGCAUUUGAAUGGAGGAGUCCAAAACAAAGAGGCAAUUUAUCCCCCGCAAGUAGGUCAAGGAACCACCCUUUUCAUGAUACAGGAUUGAGUGAUGAUGAAUGGGACAGACCAACAGCCAGUGGCUUUGCAGGUACCCAUGAUAACACCGAGACUGACCAGGAGGAAAAUUUCUGGUCUCAGGCUCUGGAGGAUUUAGAGACCUGUGGCCAGUCAGGCAUAUUGAGGGAGCUAGAGGACAAGGCUGACAGGCAUCUGUAUUUGAGAAACGUGACUCUCUUGGCCACCAUUAUGUCAGGAAGUACAUUGAGUUUGAAUCAUGAAAACCCACAGCCUCGCAGCCAGUUGGGAAGACAAGCCAGUUUUCAGGAAAGAAGCACUGCGAGGCCACAUUAUAGCCAGACAACCCGCAGCAACACCCUGCCAUCAGACGUGGGCAGAAAGUCUGUGGUUCUGAGAAAAAUUAAACAAGAAAUGAAAGAAAUCAUGUCACCAACUCCUGUGGAGUUACAUAAGGUAACUUUGUUUAAGGACUCUGAUGCAGAGGACUUUGGAUUCAGUGUCUCAGAUGGUUUACUGGAGAAAGGUGUCUAUGUUAAAAAUAUUCGCCCAGCUGGUCCUGGGGAUCUGGGUGGUUUGAAACCAUAUGAUAGACUUUUGCAGGUAAAUCAUGUUCGUACCAGAGACUUUGACUGCUGUCUCGUUGUGCCCCUUAUAGCAGAAUCUGGCAAUAAACUGGAACUGGUUAUUAGUAGAAACCCACUGGCUGCUCCGAAGGGAACUUCAGACCAACAGACUUUAGCAGGUGCUGAAUGGAGUGACCAAAAUAAUGCCUUCCUUCAACAAACUGGACGUAUUACUAGUGUGGAGACACGAGAACCUACAAACACAUUAUAGCAAGAAGUUAUUUUAAAU